AUGUUAUAACAACAAUAAACAAAGCUUUUCUCAAAAUGUGAUUCUCCUAUUCCAUAGGAUAAAAUCUUAUUUAGGACUCCAUUCUUUAAGAUGAGUAAUCAUAAAGAAGUGAUUUUGCUACUGUGCAGUGAUGAUUUCAUCUACAAAAUAAGCAAUAAAAAUAACAAAGUGUACAUUCUUAAACUGAACUGUGAGGUGAGAUUUUCAGUGAAAGCUGAAUAAACAUCAAAGCAAAUACAUAAAUAAAUGAAAGGUGAUGAAUUUCAUACUCAGAUAUACAAAUUUACUAUUGAAAGGGAUGAUUGUAAUUCUGUUGAAUUUUACAAUUUCAAUUUUUAAACAAUGUAUUGGUUUGAUUACUUGAGAAGCAAGUUACAUAUGUUGGAUUAUUAAACACAUUAUGAUAUAAAUAAAUUGAUUGGUAAGGGAUCGUUUGCUUCUGUUUAUGAAGCGAAAGGUAAGAAUGAUCAACAAUCUUAUGCUGCAAAGGCAUUCUAUAAGAAGCAAGUUUUCUAGGAUCCGAAAGGUAGAGAUUAAGUUGAGAAUGAAAUAAAUGUUAUGAGAAGAUUGAAUCAUCCAAAUUUAAUAAAUUUACAUGAGGUAUUUGAAAAUAAAGCAUAAAUCUAUUUAAUAAUGGAUUUAGCUAGAGGAGGUACACUUGAAUAUGCUUUAAAGGUUUUGAAUGGUCCAGUUCCAUUCUUAAGUGCAAAGGUGAUAUUUAGAUAAAUACUUGAAGGUGUACAAUAUAUUCAUGAUUAGGGUAUAAUUCAUAGAGAUUUGAAACCAGAUAAUAUUCUUUUUAGAGAUUUCAUUCCCCUUAAAAGAUAUGGAUUAAUAAAUGUGAAUAAUAAUAUAAUGAUAAGUGAUUUUGGGAUAGCAACUCCAAAAUAAGAAAGAAUGGCUGUAUAUUAAUUUUGUGGCACUCCAGGAUAUAUGGCGCCAGAGGUAUUCAUGACAGAAAAUGAUAACAAUAUAACAUAUGACGAGAAAUGUGAUGUAUUUUCUUUGGGUUGUAUUUUGUACUAUCUUCUUAUUGGUCAUCCUUUAUUUGGAUAACCAGUAAAGUAAACAAAUAUGGAGAUGAAGAUAGACUUUGCUUAAUUAGAAAAAGAUUUAAAUUAGAGUCACUCUUUAACAUUGUUAUUAUAGAGAAUGUUAUCGUUGAAUCCUUCAGAAAGACCAUCAUGUAGAGAUAUUCUCGAAUCUAAAAUAAUGGAAGUAGAAUAUGGUGAAGAUGGAGUACCUGUUUUUAGAGAUUUUUAAAGACCUAAGAGUAGUCCUCCUAAAAGAAUGUAACCAUUACAUCCAGAGAUUGAUAGAAAGUAAUUAUUAAAUAAUAAUUAAUAUUAGUAAAAGAUAGAGUGUAUUAAAUCCAAAAAUGAUUAAAUUAAUGCCUAUUCUUGAAGAGAAAUAAGAAAUAAGAAUCUCAGGAAAAGAUAAGACAACUAUUAUAAUAAAAUAAAGAAAUUCUCAUUUUGAUGAAGAGAGAACUCCAGCUUAAAGAGUUGCUGCAGCUAGAAGAUCUUCUGCUUAUGUUCCAUCAAGUAAUCAAAAUAGUAGGAAAUGAUUAAAUACAUAUAUUUUUGUAAUCAUAAUAUUUAUUUUGUAUAUAUUAUAAGAGAAAACAUAAAUGAAUUCUGUUAAAUUUUCAAAAGAUGAUCAUAUUGCAAUUAUGGAGAGUCUCGAAAAACAAGAUGUAAUUCUAUCUUAAAUUAAUCUUAUAGUAUGAAACCUUCAUCUCUUAUUUCAAAUAUACUGAUCUCUUAGUUGAAUGUGAUUAUAUGUUAUACCAUUCUAAAUAUAAAUUAGCACCAUCUGAAAAUGCUAAGUUUCUUAUUGGCAAACAGAUUUAUUAUGUGAAAAUUACUAAAAUGAUUAAAAUAUAAAUACAAGAUGAAUGGGCGGCAUUCAUUAAUGGUAGGAUUUAUUACAAACUUAAAGAUUUUCAAGAUUUUAUUGAUGAUUUUCCUAAACUUAAAGAAUGUACAUCAAAAGAUCUAUUCUUAACUGAAUAAACUUAAUGGUUUAUUUCCAAUACUUUUUAAUCUAAAAUACAAAUCAAUCCUAUUGAAUUUUAUAGUGAUGAUUCUAAUCAACUAACUGAAGAUUAAUAUUAUACAAGAGCGGAAUAUAAUAUGUUAAAAUAAUAGUUUAAACCUCAUAUAAGUUAAUGGAAAACAUAUUGUAUUUGUGAAAAAUUAUAUGAUCCUUCUAAACCUUAUAUUUAAUGUGAUUCAUGUAGUGAAUGGAUUCAUUAUACUUGUAGUGGAAAAAGCGAUAAACAACUUAAAAAUGUUUCUAAGUUGGAGUUCAAUUGCCCCUAAUGUACGAAAAGAAAAUCACAAAAUGUAGAUAGUAAAAUUUAUGAAGGUUAAGUUACUAAAGUAAAAUCUUUAGGCAUUGCAAAUGCAAAAAGAAAAAAUUGA